CACUCGGAGCCCGUAGGGACUUUUCUGCGUGUGAGAAAGAGAGGGAUCCAGGCUCGCGCGCGUCUCGCGUCUCGCUCGCGUGCCGAUUGUGCGUGUGUAUCUCCGCGCCGAAUGACGCAUAACCCGAGUACCCGGACGCCACGCGCACCGCCCAAGUGACAGAUUAACCGAUCAACAAUGACAACGCUCGGCGGCCGCGCGACGCAGUCGGAGUAGUCGAUCGGCGUUCGCUUCAUCGAUCGCCGAUCCUCUUGUCGUUCGCCCGCGUGAUGACGUGAAAGAGGGAGAGUGAAACACGGAGACGCGCGUUACGCAAAUUGAUCACUGGACUCCCUCUCUCUCUCUCGGGCACCUUGCGCUGCUCGAACGCUGUCAAGACGCGACAAAGCGGAUCCGCGGACAAGGAGAAGAGCGUCGCGACAACGACGGCAUGGAGGGAGGCGCGGUGGAGAGCACGGGCGGCGACAAUCUGGACCGCUCCGAGGACGAGGCGGCCCUUGAAGGAUGCUGCAGCCCGAAGAAGGCGCCCUACCGAUUUCUCGGCCUGGCGCUCAUGUGCCUGCUCGGAUUCGGCUCGUAUUUCUGCUUCGACAACCCCGGAGCGCUGCAAGACAAUUUUAAAACUGAUUUGAACAUGUCGACUAGCAGGUUUGUCCUGCUGUACUCUAUAUAUUCCUGGCCGAACGUCAUUCUCUGCUUCAUCGGCGGCUUCCUGCUGGACAGCGUCUUCGGGAUUCGGCUGGGCACGGUGAUAUACAUGGGGCUCACGUUGAUCGGUCAGAUCAUUUUUGCAAGUGGUGCUAUGAUCGACGCUUUUUGGCUGAUGAUGCUCGGCCGAUUUGUCUUCGGAAUCGGCGCGGAAUCGUUGGCAGUCGCGCAGAACAGUUACGCGGUCCUUUGGUUCAAGGGCAAAGAGUUGAACAUGGUGUUCGGACUGCAGUUGAGCUUCGCCCGAGUAGGAUCGACCGUAAACUUCCUAGUAAUGGAGCCAGUAUACAAUUACGUGUCUCAAUAUUACAAGGGCCCGAAGUGCAUCGGUAUAGUUCUCUUUCUCGCAGCCGUCACCUGCGUAAUGUCGAUGAUAUGCGCCUGUGUGUUGGGCUUCAUGGAUAAGCGGGCGGAGAGACUGCUCCGACGAGGGGAGGGACAGGAGCCGCAGGUCGUCAGCCUAAAAGAUGUUAAGGACUUCAAGCCAAUCUUCUGGCUGGUCGCAAUCAUUUGCAUUGCUUACUACGUCGCGAUAUUCCCCUUCAUUGCUCUGGGAAAGGUAUUUUUCGAGCGGAAGUACGAAUAUGACCCAUCUGCCGCAAAUACAGUAAAUUCACUCGUUUAUUCGAUAUCGGCGAUAGCUUCGCCUCUGUUAGGCUACAUAGUGGAUAGAACUGGCAAAAACGUAUCGUGGGUGUUCAUCAGUAUCUGCGUUACUAUCGUUGCUCACGGACUACUCGCUUUUACCUAUCUGAAUCCGUAUGCGUGUAUGAUUCUCAUGGGACUGGCGUAUUCUAUGCUCGCUAGUAGCUUGUGGCCUCUGAUUGCUCUUGUAACGCCGGAGCAUCAACUUGGAACCGCUUAUGGAAUAGCGCAGUCUGUACAAAACUUAGGUCUCGCUGUAGUCGCAAUUGUGGCCGGCAUAAUCGUCGACAAAGGAGGAUAUUUAAUGCUCGAGAUGUUCUUCCUCGGUUGGCUCUGGAUUUCACUGAUAACCGCCGGUGCAAUCUGGGUGUCCGACAUGGCAACAAGCGGUGGUUAUCUCAACAUGACUCCAGGACAAAGAGAACGAUACGAGGCAGUUCAAUGCACGCCUGAGAGUUUGGAGCGAGAAAAAUUGCUGUCAUCGGAAUGCACGUCAGAUUUUUCAGCCGAUAGUCUUAUGCAGCCACAAUCUGACAUCAGUAUACGAAAUCGUUACUUGUCUCGCAUUGGUGCAAUGGUACCACCACAUGCGAUCACGCCGAUUCAUCGACCACUACGAUGAUACUUUAGCUGCAAAUUUAUGAUACAAAAAUAGGUAAAAAUACUUUGAAAUCUCGUCAAAAUAUUGGCUCAUUGUGUCUUCCUAUUACACACAGCUUGAUCUGUGAUAAUUUCAUAACGCAUACUGUUCGAGCUUUACUUUUUAACAGCUGGUAGCAUUGGCGGUUUUUCUUUAACAGUCUCGAUCAAAUACAUUACGCGUGAUAAUGAAACUUUUAAUAAUUUAUGACUAUGACAUAAGUAUAUCUUUUAUCAAUGAUGGUGGAGCGUCAAUCAUUCUCUCUACCUCUAAUUUAAAAGGUAUACAUAUAUACAUAUAUGAGCGUUGCAAAGUUACUUGUUCAUAAGAUAUUUGACGUGUUUUAUAUAUAUAAAUAUAUAUAUAUAUAUAUUAAUGUAAUAUUAUAAUAAAUGUUCGAUCUCUGACCGCUGUUUGAGUUUUUGCCAAAAUCGUUUCAACGAAAUAAUGAAUUGUAUAAAAACAAACUACCGUUAACUCACUUUUUGUCUCGUACGUUUAAAUAUAUGCGACGUUCUUCGCGCUCUUUGUCGAUAAAACUCUCGUGACCAGUUCCGAACAACGUCGAGAUAUGAAUAUAUUACUAUUGCGCGGCACGAUAAAACGUAAAAUUGGUAAAAUUUAACAGCAUUAGUCAGAGAGGACAGAUAAUCCGAGUGCGCACGAACCCCGUUUUUUUUUAACUCUUAUACUUUUGUGCGAUAAAAAACAUUCGAGGUAUUAUCAAACACCUUGGGUCGCUCUUUCGAUCGCCAGUGCGAUUGAUAAUAAUAAAAACAUAUAAACG